CGAGUUUGGGACGAGUUUCUAGGUCACGUCUGAGAGAACGCGUCAAACUUGCCCUUGAGAUUAUUGGACUGCCGCUAAAUAAUUGACAAAUUUCAGGAUGAAUCAAAUACUUUUUCGGAAUUUAUUUGGAAUUCAUUCUUUUAAAAAUAUGUUUAACAAGAAGUCAACCACAAAAAUUCUCUCUGCUCAUCAUAGUUUGUGUAGAACAUAUUCUCGUACAGUACCGGAAAUCGAUAAUGAUAAAUUACCAAACGGACAAAUCCGGUAUUCAACGCACAAAAAAUGGCAUGCUGUAAUGAAUUAUGUCCCAAAGCCGAAAGAUAUACCACAUUAUCAAUAUCCAAUUAUACUUAUAUGUGCUUUGAUAGUUGGAAUAUAUUUUGCCCUCAUCCAUACAAGAUGUGAUCUAGAUGAUAUAUUAGAUGAGAACUUUAAAGAAUUUGAGAAAAUUAAAUUCAACAAAAAAUAGUUGUACAAAGAAUCUAACGUUAUCAGUCUCUGUAGUCCCACGUUUACUGUCAUUUUUGAAAAAUAUGAAUAUCACCAAUUUAUUUCACCAUUUUUUAAAAAUUUCACUGUAUCAUUUUUGUGCUACAUUCUGUAGAUAGCUGAGACCUUCCCAACCAUAUACCACAUAAUUUGUGAACAGUCCAUUUUUUGCGUGAAGGAAGGUUAACUUUGGUGAAAAGAACUACCCAAUAUGAUGAUUGUGUGGUUGAGAUUUCCACCAAAAUUUAAACAUUACUAUCCUAAAUACUGACGUAAAUUAACGAGUUGCUUUCCCAACUAUGGUGAUCGGUCCUGUCUAUCUUGAUAACCCAACG